UACAGUGCCAUGUUUAUAGGGUUGUUGGCCAGUGUCAUGCUGACUGUUCCUCUAUACGUUGCAUUAGUUCUGUUUGGGGCUCCUUUUACAACGUACACGUGGGAGACCUUGUACUUGGCAUCGCACAUGGCGUUGUUAUCGUUCCCAAUUGUUGUUGCAACCUUGAGAAUUGGACGCCAGCCGUUAUUGUACAAGUACUUUGCCAGCAUUGCGAUUGGUGCUUGGUUGGGUGCCAUUGCCAUCCCAUUGGAUUGGGAUAGACCAUGGCAGAAUUGGCCAUUACCUAUCGUUGGCGGUGCGUAUGGGGGUGCCAUUGUGGGGUAUACCUUGGGUGGAUUCGUG